AUGCGCCUACAACAACGCCUGAUGCGCACGGAGAAAGAGAUCAAGAGUGUAGAGGAUCCGAGGAGGCAUGCAGAACUUCGUGAAGACAAGGAGCAGCUUCGCACAAAAGAGGAGCAGCUUCGCAAAGACAAGAAGCAGCCAGAGUCAGAUGCUGGGCUUGAUCGCGUCGGCUUGUGCAAUGACAAGAAAUACUUCCGUGUAGAUACCUCUUACUUGAUGGUGGUCGGCGAUGGGAACAGCCGACAAGAGCGUCUGCUCUAUUGCCGAGAAGCCUUCUUGAAGCAGCAUACUUUCCUGAGAGAGCGGGUCGCAGGUAGUGAGGCCGACAGACCGUCCAAGGCUGCCGUUUCCUUGUUUGGCGAGGCUUUCACUUUGCUCCGAGCCAGGUCCGGUCACUGGGCACCGCAGCCCGUUAUGGAGUACACUGAUCAAAGAUUUAAGUUAGGAGUGAGAUGCCGCGUCACCUGCAAGGCGUUCCUGGCACUAGGCCGAUGGCACGGGUUAAUCCUGGAUUUCAGCGUGUCACACGUAUUUGACAAGGAUGGGAUUAGCCCGAAUACUGCGGCAACGAGAAAACUCUUGGAGGGAUUGAGCAGUGUUUCCUCGUUGUACGCCGAGAUGCCUUGCUAUAUCAAGCCAUGUCAUCAAAGAAGUGUGGUGGCUGGCGGAGCGCCCAGCACCAUUCUGAAAUGA